UUGCAGACCGAAGCCAGGGAAACAAUUCCGAGAAUGUUGGCAGAACUUGACCUGGGCCGGACAGAGAAGUGCGUGAGGGUCAACUCGGUGUCCAGCGGCCUGGCUGAGGCUGACCUGGAGGUCAUUCUACAGGGGAAGGUUCUUCCACCUGCCAUCAUGUUGCCCAAAGUGGAGGACACUCAAGAGGUCCAAUGGUUUGUUGACAGGUUUGAGCGCAACUUGAAAGGACGCUCGCUGACGGAGCCCAUUCGCCUCGUCACCUUUGUGGAAAGCGCUGUGGGCUUGCUCAAUUUUAAGGCCGUGUGUGACGAAAUCCGCCGGCUUGCUCCCAAAGCUGGUCUUCACCAUGAUGGUGUGGUGUUUGGCUCUGAUGACUUCUGCGCCAGCAUAGGUGCCACGCGGACUAAGGAUGCAAGGGAGCUUCUUUAUGCAAGGCAGAAGGUGGUUGUGACCACCAAAGCUUUCGGGCUGCAGGCCAUUGACCUGGUUUACAUCGAUUACAAAGACGUGGAGGGACUGAGGCAACAGGCCAGGGAAGGCGCUCUCAUGGGCUUCACAGGUAAGCAGGUUAUCCACCCGGGACAGAUCCAGGCUGUGCAGGAGGAGUUCUCCCCGAGUCAGGAGAGGGUCCAGUGGGCUAAAGAGCUCAUCGCCGCCUUUGACAAACACCAGAAGGAGGGAAAGGGUGCGUUCACCUUCCACGGCAGCAUGAUCGACAUGCCCUUGCUGAAGCAAGCCCAGAACAUCGUAACGCUCUCCGCCGCGGUGCCGGAGAAGUGA